AUGGCCCAGCCUUGGGUCAACGGCGGCGCCACAGGCCAGCUAAAUAGUAUAGAGCUAUCAUUGGUAAUGCUUGGGCUAUGCCUAGCUGUAUUUCUUACUGGGAUGGAUCAAACAAUACUCGCUACAGCUACACCAAUUAUUAGCAAUGAGUUCAAUGCCUUGGAUGAUAUAGCAUGGUGGUCGAAUGCCUAUCUACUUACUCUGAGUAGCUUCCAGCUAUUCUACGGCAAGCUUUACAGUCUCUUCUCUAUCAAACUUGUGUACCUGACCGCAAUUGCGCUCUUUGAGGUUGGAUCACUGAUUUGUACCACCGCUCCUAACUCAGUGGCUCUAAUUAUCGGCAGAGCAAUCGCUGGCCUCGGGGCCGCCGGCGUCUUCUCUGGUGGGAUACUGAUUACCACGAUGUUGAUUCCUCUAUCGCGGCGUGCCGCGUACUUGGGAGUCAUGUCAGGCGCCUUUGGUCUCGCGGCUAUAAUUGGCCCUUUUCUAGGCGGUGCCCUAACCGAUCGAACGACUUGGAGAUGGUGCUUCGGUAUCAACCUGCCCCUAGGCGCUGUCACGAUCAUUCUAUGCGCAGUCCUUGUUCAUACACCAAAACAAUCGGACAUUCAAGCUAUCGGUCUAGUCGACAAAUUUAAACAACUUGAUAUCCCCGGCACAGUAUGUAUGGUUGGAUCUUUAAUAUGUCUAUUGAUGGCCUUGCAAUGGGGAGGAUCGACGUACCCAUGGAAUAGUUCACGCGUCAUUGUUCUAUUCGUCGUUUUCGGAGUUCUUUUGAUUUUGUUUCUCGUCUCACAGGCAACAUCGAUAACGGGAAAGUCGCGUACCAUUCCGGUGAGCGUAUUGAGGAAUCGUGAUAUCUGGCUGGCUGCAAGCUAUGCUAUGUGUAUCACCGGCGGCGUUUAUGUGGCGAUUCUAUACCUUCCGGUUUGGUUCCAGGCGGUGCGCGGAUCUUCAGCUUUCUCGUCGGGGACACUUCUUACGCCCUUGAUCGGAGGCUAUGUUGUUGCUUCCAUCAUCGCGGGAGGUGUCACCAGCGCAAUUGGAUAUUAUAAUCCCGGGUUGAUCAUUGGUACCAUUCUCUCGAUCGCAGGAGCUGCCUUGAUCACCACAAUUAACAUGGACUCCUCCAUAUCCAAGAUUAUCGGUUACCAAUUAUUAUAUGGAUUUGGUGUCGGUUUUGGUUUCGGGCAACCCAGUUACGUUGUUCAGACCUUGCUUCCACCGUCCGACGUACCGGUUGGCGUAACCUUCAUCACCUUAAUGCAGAACCUCAGCGCAUCCAUAUUUGUCGCUGUAGGUCAAAGCAUACUCCAAGGGGAACUACGUUCACGUCUCAAACCAGUUCUCCCCGAUGUAGAUAUCCAAUCACUUCUGGAUUCAGGGGCUGAGAACUUUGGGUCCACUCUGGCGCCCGAGGACCGACAAAAGGCUAUAGCAGUGUAUAGCAAGUGUCUUAUUCUGACUCUUUAUAUAUCAUUGGCUUUAAGCUGCGUAUCGGUUUUCGGAGCCAUGGGAAUCAGGUGGCAUUCGAUGAAGAAAACAAAUGACCAGACGACAGACGACUCGGCGAACCGGCCGUCCGGAGAGCAGGGCAUCUCAGUGGCAAGGGACGACGGCGACCAUGUACAAAUACCGCCGUCUGAUAAAGAAACGUUAGAGGGGGCCAAGUAG